AAACAACAGAGCAGAGGAGAAGCUUGAAGGACAGCAGCUAAACAUGAGCAACAUCUUUUCCAGAAGGGAUAUCCAGAAGCAGGCUAUAGAGCAGAUUUUGAAGAAUGCUGAGAAAAACCUGGAGGAUCCUGAGUUUCAGAUUGGCCUCAAGAACCUGGCUGAAGAUCUUGCUCUGGUUCAGGAUUACAGGCACGCUCAGGUAGAGAGACUGGAGACAAAAGUUGUCACUCCUUUAAAAGCCUAUGGAGACAUAAUCAAAAAUAAAAGGACUGAUUUAAAGAAAUUCACUGCUGACCUGAACAGAGAACAGAAAGAGUUACAGAAACUGGAGAAAACCCGACUGAGCAACCCUGCAGACCGACAAAAGAUUUCUCAGGCAGAGGUGAAUGCUCAGAAGGCUUCCGCAAACGCCCAGCGAAGCAUCAAACAAAUAGAAGAGACCAUCACAGAUUUCCAGAGGCAAAAACUGGAGGAUGUUAAAAAAGUCUUCAGAGAAUUUAUCACAGUUGAAAUGCUUUUUCAUACUAAAGCACUGGAGGUCUUCUCCCAGACUUACGGGAACAUGGAGGUCAUGGAUGCAGAAAAGGACAUGGAGCUCUUCACUGGUAGAAUAAGGAUGCUAGACUCCCACACUUGGCCUCUGGGCAGCCCUGUCAGCAGCCACUCAUCUCCUCUAACGAACCAUUUCUCCAGCCCUCCUCUGACCUCAUGGAGAGGCCAAGCCCUCAGUUUGUUGGAAUCUUCUAACACAGGUCAAGGCCAAAGGGAAUGGCACAGUUCACAUGACAAAUUAGCUAACAAGUUUCACAGUAAUUUACGACACCAAGGAGGCAUGGACGGGGAGCUAGAACAGGAGGAGGCUACAAAGGAUGAAGAAGAGGAGUCUGAAACAGAGAUGGAGCAGGAUGAGCACAUUAGGCAGUCCUUUGCUGCUCAGUAUGCUCAGACAACCAGAAAGCAUAAUUAGCAGAAACCCUAACCCACAACUCUGGUAGACAGCACUCAACUCAGUUUUGCUCCCCUCAUGUAAAGUGAUCAUAACACAAGUGUACUGAUCACUUACAAAUACCAUGAUGUGAGCUACAAUGGGAAGAGCAAGUAUUUGAUACACUGCCAAUUUUGCUGGUUUUCCCAGUUGCAAAGCAUGUAGAAGUCUUUAAUUGUUAUCGUAGGUAUGCUUCAACUGUGAGUGACGGAAUCUAAAACAAAAAUCCAGAAAAAUCACAUUGUCAUUAUUUGCAUUUUAUAACAUGGCGUAAGUGUUUAAAUUGGGCCAAAAACUUUUGGUUGCAAUUACAGAUAUCAGGUGUUUUCUGUAGUUAUUGAUGAGGUUUGCACACAAUGCAGCAGGGAUUAUGGACCACUCCUCCAUACAAAUCUUCUCCAGAUCCUUCAGGCUUUGGGCAAUGUGGACUUUUAGUUCCCUCCAAAGAUUUUGUAUUGGGUUAAGGUCUGGAGACUGGCAAGGCCACUCCAGGACCUUGAUGUUCUUCUUACAGAGCCACUCCUUAAGCUUUUCACACAGCAGGGACAAUGAAGAUGAGUCGUGCCUGGGUCUUCCAGCAUGAUAAGGGCCCCAAACACACAGCCAGGGCAACUGAUGGGCCUUUCAGACAGGAUGUGACACAUGCAUCUAUGUACUUUGAAACCCAUUAGUUUUAAUGGCAUGCACCACACAAGGGGACAAAAGCACUGUGUCACACAGAGUGCAAGCGCAACACACCAGUUUGCGAGCUCCACGCACGCCGCAAACAAAGUUUAAUUAUGUUCAACUUUGACCAACAGAAACUGGGCCAUCUAACCGUCAGUCAGAAAGACCAGGAAACAAAAUGGGGAAGAACUGUUUGAGAUUGUAUCGCUGUGGAAACAGAGCUCUUUAACAAGUCUCAACUCCCCAAACUAAUCUCUAGACCUGAACAUUUUCUGCACCCACACCCUCUUCUUCCUUGCUGCUUUAUUUUUCCUAACUCGCAAGGUCAGGACUAGCGCUAGCUCUGUGCAACUUUCUAUCUGCACAGAACAGAUAGAAAGUUGCUGCGGACAAGAAGACAAAUGACCCAGCAUCCCAGGCACCACAGAGCCAGCCCAGCGCUGCUCUGAACCGCGUGGUAAGCGCAGCACAUGCCGCGUCAUGGAGGAAGGAGGUUGUUGGCUAAGAACUCCAAAUACAUGGCCCCAUCCAUGCUCCCCUCAAUACGGUUCAGUUGUCCUUUCCCCUUUUCAGAAAAGCAUCUCCAAAAUAUGAUGUUUCUAUAUCGAUGCUUCAUGGUUGGGAUGGUGUUCUUUGAUUGUACUUCCUCCAAAUAUGGCGAGGGGGGUUUAGACCAACAAGCUCUAUUUGUCUCAUCAGACCACAUGACCUUCUGGCAUUCGUCCUAGGGAUCAUCCAGAGGGUCAUUAGCAAAUUCCAAAUUGACUCGAACAGGGGGACCUUGCAUGCACUGCAGGAUUUUAAUCCAUGGCGGCGUAGUGUGUUACUAAUGGUCUUCUUUGAGACUGUGGUCCCAGCUCUCUUUAGGUCAUUGACCAGGUCCGGCUGUGGAGUUCUGGGCUGAUCCUUCACCUUCCUCAUGAUCAUUGAUGUGCUAUGAUAUGAGAUCUUGCAUGCAGCUCCAGACAGAGGGAGAAUGACCAUCAUCUUAAAUUCCUUCCAUUUUCCUAUAAUUGCACCAACUGUUGUUGCCUUCUCACCAGGCUGCUUGCCUAAUAUCAUUUAGCCCAUCCCAGCCUUGUGCAGGUCUACUUGUCUAUCCCUGGGCCCCGUUUUAGAAAGCUGGUUUAGUGGAUUUUUAGAGUAAUAUCUGAGGUAAAUUUCUGCUUUUCCAUUUCAGAAAGCUCAGAAGCCUUUACCUUGAGUCAAAUUAUGACAACAAAUUACUCCAUGAAACAACCCUGCUACUGAGCCGAGUUGUUUGGGCUAACUCUGAGAUUUUCCUACUGAUGCUCUCAGUUCUGAACAAUUUCUUUGUGUUGCUCUUCAUUUGUUAUCCCACUAGCAGCUUUUUAAUAACAUCGGUGAUGCAGAAAAUCUUCCUGAGGCAACUGUUAGGAAAAUUAACCACUUAACUGCGUGUUUGUUUAUUCUGGAAUUUAAGGACAAAUAUUGGCAUUAAUAAUUCACAGAGAAAGAAUUCAAAGUUAAUCAAAAUAUACUGAAUAGUACAAAACAUGUAUCGAUACAUGGAUCUUCCUUGCUUCCACUAACAGCUGGGGCCUUGAGCAAAGAAGAUUCUGACUAAUCUCUUACACAAUGUUAUAUUGAAUUUCUUUGGAAUUAUCUAUGCCCUGAAUGUGGGACGUGUGCAGCACGGGAGCCUGCCCACAUCCUGUAACGUUGGUCUCCCCCUCGUCUCUGGUCAGUCUCAUCCCAUCUAGUCUUUGUCUGCUUCUUUCUUCAAGAUUUACACCAUCUUUCCCUGAUAGCUAUCCUAACCUUCAUGAAAACAGUGUCUGUAGUAACAACAUUCCUUAAAACUCCCAUUUUACUGAUUUAACUUCCACCAUGUCAUGAAUGAACAAUUUGUGCUCCUACAAAAACAUAACUUUUUCAACACAACUGCGGGUCUCGCUGUCAUGAAUGUUACUGUUGCACUCAGUAAUAGUAGAGUUUAAAGGUGUUCCAUAGUCUAAGAACCAAAUAAUAAAAGAACUACACAGAAUGAAAGCAAUUAUUUAUUCCGUUUGAAAUUUAGAGCCUUCGAGCUCUUUUUUCCAUAAAUAUAUUUUAGUUUCCAUUCAUAUAUGCCCCCCAACACCCUUAGGGCUAUGGCACAUUUCUUUGCUUAAAUAAUGCUACCUUUACUUCGACUUAAAAUACAAAUAUAGCCUUUAUGGUUAAUAUAAAGUGAGGUUGACACAAAUUAUACACCCACAAGAAAAUCAGAGUCAUCUCAUUUUUAGAAGGAUGGAUGAAGCCAAAUUCUAGCAAAAAGUUGAAUGAACAGUUAUUUCAGUAACUCACACCAUCCCAUCAUUAAUUGCCCAUGUUGAUUAUAGCCAAUUAAUGCUUUAGUUGGUUGCCAUGGGGAAUCGCAUUAUUAUUACGUUCCAUUGAUGAAGCCUUCUUUCAUGCUCAGGCUCGCACUUAACUCAGAGUUGAUUGGACGCUGAGUUUAGUUACCUGAUUGAUAUCACCUGUUCUGAAACCAAAAAAGCCAAGUAUGACAGAGUGAGGUAGAUCUAUUAAGAGUAGCUGCUUUCCACUCAGGAUAGAUUGGCCAUUCUUUCUGAAACACAGCUCAAAUGUCCCCACACAGCUCUCUGGUCUUGGAGAGGUUGGGGUUUGUUUGAAUAAAUGUGUGGACAGGUGUUGUUAAGAAAAUAUCUUAGUCAAGCAUAGUGGUGUUUGUCUCUUCCUGCUCCAGCGUAAGAUAAACACGGAGUUCUAUUCUCCCCCGGGGUGGUCAGAAGGAGAGGGGGUCAGUCCUCUCCCCCUGAGCGAUCAGGAGGAGUUUUAAAGUUGAUAA